GCUGAAUUUUCUGAGAGAGAAAGACUUCAACCCGAAUCAGAACAUAAUCUUCGAAUUGGAUAAAUCUACGCCUGGCAAUAUGUUUCACCACGUAGUAUCAUAUAGACGGUCUCUUGUGUUGAUACUGUGUACGAUAUUGUUUUUGGAGACUCAAGCUGAUUCAGAUAUAUGCAAGAUAUGUACUUGCAAUUCACUUACAACAAAUAUAAAUUGUGCACAUCGCAAUUUACCAUCGAUUCCACAACCAAUUCCGACGAAUGUUGAAUAUUUAUAUCUUGGUUCCAACAACAUUGCAACCAUCAAAGAAGGUGCGUUCACGGGGCUUUCAAAUUUAAAAGAAUUACGUCUUGCCAACAAUAAAAUUUCAAGGAUUGAAAAAGAAAUGUUUCAAGGCCUUCACAACUUAGAGAAAUUGUAUCUGUAUGAGAACAACAUUUCAACCAUCAAAGAAGGUACAUUCACGGGGCUUUCAAAUUUAAAAGAAUUAGAUCUUGACAACAAUAAAAUUUCAAGGAUUGAAAAAGAGAUGUUUCAAGGCCUUCACAACUUAGAGAAAUUACGUCUUGGUGCCAACAACAUUUCAACCAUCAAAGAAGGUACAUUCACGGGGCUUUCCAAUUUGAACACAUUAUAUCUUGACAUUGUUCCAUUAGAAUAG